AUGACAUCGUACGACCAAGCGAGAUGCCCCCAGCCCUAUUUGGCUCCUGCUGGAUUCAGUAGAAGGCAGGAGAAUGAGGAAACGCUAAGAAUGAAUAGAAUCGAGGAUGGCCACAAAUACACGAGCAAUGUCAACACAAGAGGCAGUAACAGUUUGUAUGAACAGACCGUUAAUGGUUUUGAGACAUCAAUCCGCCGAUCAUUGACUAUUAAGAUAUAUUUGACCCUGGCAAUAAUGAUAAUGGGAACUGCAAUCUUAACAAUCGGGUUAUACAUAUUAGUAACGACUGUUAUUUUCAAAGUUCAUAACGGAGUCGUUUCACCUGAACUACUGUAUACGUACUUUAUCACCGAGGUAAUCCUGAUUGCUGUCGGCUGCAUAGGGUAUAUCGUAAUUUCUAUGAUCAAUUCGUGCUGCAUGGAUUCUAUUGGAAAGUGUGGCACGAUCACCCUGCUGAUAAUUGGGCCAGUUUUCUCGAGCAUACUCUUUAUCGGCCUUUCAAUGGUGACCAACAUCAUAGUUUUUGGAUCAUCAUUACUCUGUGUUCUGUUCAUUUUGGUCUUCUGUACAUCUAUAGCGCUGUGCAUUAAGAGCGAGACAAAGGUUUGGGUGAUGAUUCUGAUAGCCAUUUGCUGCAGUCAGCUCCUCUGGCUACUGUACCCCAUGCUCUUCAUUUGGAAUCUCUUCGGGAGCCAAAAAUCUUACUCAAUAACCACUGUGGUAGUUUCUGUCCUUAUUUGCCUUGUAUAUGCUUUGUUUUUGAUAGUUGAUGUGUGGUUGGCAGUCAAUAAGAGUACUUGCUCUGAUUGGGCCAAAUACACCUUGAAGAUAUACUCCGAUGUCGUGGGUAUGUUAGUGGUCUUGAUGCGGGCCAUGCACGUUGGGAGGCGGUAG